UCCAGUUGGACCACAGUAAACUGUAUCGCAGGGCUUGCACGGUAUCUUGCCUGAGUAGCCGAGCUGGUGGUGCAAUGUAGACGUCGGUUUGUGCUACAGAUGUAUUUGGUGCUCCCUCAAUUGCCCUUCAGCGAGAUCGGACAUAUUCUUAAUGUACGAAAGCGUCUAUCAAUUUUGAGUUUGCGCGCCUGGCCGAAGAAAUCCGGUUCUCUUUCUUUUUCUUUUAACUCCUGUUGUUUCAUGCGUCGAUGUGCAAAAUCUCUAGGAUAGCCAUUCUGGGUAAACGGAUUGAAAAAAUAAUUCAGCUCUGUUUGCUAACUUUUGUCGCCAUAGAUUAGGGAGGCUUUCUACGGCACUCCGUUUGUGAGAGAAGGAUGACCGCCAUCGUGAUAAGGGGAAACUUCUGCAUAGGUUUCAUUGCGCUAAACGAGGACGUCAAGAAAUGGGAAUUUGCUGCCAACUUGUUAUCGGUCAUGAAUUCGACUCCUGGAAGCGUUGAGCCAACAAAGUUGUGGAGCAUUUCCAUUUGGUCUUCUUUUAAGAACAACAGAGGUGAAAUCAGCAUAAACAUACCCGUAAUUAGGGUUUUACUAUUGUUAGGGCAGUAACCUGUAAGUAUUGUAUCGCGACUUGCGCAAGAAAGCCAGAGAUGGGUGGUCCAAAAGGGUUUCGCUUCAGUUCUUAAUAGUAUUCCUGUGCAGAUGAAAAGUUCCUUUCCGGAAAUAGGUUUAAGAGUUCUAGCAAAGCAGAUGCAGGGAAAUGCGAAUCGCAAAGUCGGGGACGCUCUUCUGUGCAUUGCCUUGCCAAAUCCAAUGUGAUAGGUGCAAAAAGAGAGACUAACUCAAAGAAACCAUUAUCCAUCUGCUGACCUUUUGAGUCCUUGUACUUUGCCCACAAUCUCUGUUGAAUUCCCAUUUGUUUCUUCACAAUCCUUUGUCGGUGGAUGGAGUUCGUGGGGUAGCCAGUUAGAAAUCUCUUAAUUGGGUGUACCAAGUGACGAUGCCAUCGGUCGCAGGGGUACUUCGGGUUUGUGAGCCUUAGGCAGUCCAUAGAUUUUAGUAUGGUCAACUCAGUCUGUCGUAGGUGUUUGAAAAUAUCUUCGGGUAUAUGCUUCCUCCCUUUAAGUUCUCUUAGCUCUCUUUCAAUGGUUUUAUUCUGCGCUUUGAAAGGGCCUGCGAUAAGAGGUUCAUAGUAACAGUAACAGUAUUUUUUCAUUGUAAUCUGCAUUUUUCAACAUUGCAGUGAGGCCUCCUUUGUCCGCAGGAAGUAUGACGAUGUUUUGUCUACUUUUGGCUUUGUCUAAUGCCUUUCUUCAUGGGAUAGCGCUGAAAUAGGAUUUCGGUUCUUUAAGACAUGUACAGUGGCAUUUUGUACUGUGAGAUAGUCAUCGUUCUUAAAACGUUUUGCCCAUACAAAGUUUUUAAAAAAUCUUGUUAUUUUGCAGCGGGAUGAUUAUAUUUCAUGCCCUUUUAAGGCACAUUCUCCCUGGCUAUCGUAAGGCCUCUUGCUAACAGAUUUACUACCCUUGGCAUGCAGUUUUGGUUUGCCUAUUUCCGUUUACAAUUGAUCUUUUUUUUUCUAAAACACUUCUUUUUUUCUCUUGUUUGAUGUCGAAAACACAUGUACUCUUUUCAUUAAGACAUUCAACUAAGUGCUAAGAGAGCUUAUUUCAGCAGAAGUUAACAUGUUUCCUGGAAACGUGGAAUUCCCGAGGUCUGCAACGAGCAUCGAUAAACGUGAUCUUGAGUAAUUCUUGUGGCAGAUCCUACUUAGACAGAUUUUGUCAAAGUUAUCUUGUUUAGACGUUUGAUAACGGUCCUCGCGACCGACUUUCGUCCUAAUUUCACAGUAGGCAUAAAACUAUACCCAAAAUGACUUCGAUUCAGACGUUACUGAAUUACUGUUUCACAAAAGUGACGGUUUUACGACCAUUCGGUCUGAUGCAGGCAAACCACGGUUAUGGUCAUCGUCGCCUCUGCCGAACAUCAGAUAGGAGGGAAGGCGACUUUAAAACACAUAAUUUAAGACUGCUUUCUCUCCCCACCGUCCGAAAGUUUAUUUUUAUAUAGAAAAUAGAAAUAAAACAGUACGUCAGAGUGACCUAUGCGUCAUUUUAACAUGCAGGACUGCAAGCUCUGCAGGAGUUGGAGGAACUCCUGAAUGCGCCAAGACGUGGACCUGAUGUCGAGGACGGGCCGGCAGCGGCACCCAGCAUCCUCCGCCAACCAAAGCCCGUCGGCGAGAUCAUGGAGGGAGAAAGUGUGAGCUUCCAACUGCAAUUCGAGCCCGCUACCGACCCCAAUGUAACCGUCGAGUGGUGAGCUCUCCAACUCAAUCCACAUACUUCGCAUUGGUUGACCUAAGAUAAUGGUUAUUUUUAGGCAAUUAGCCAGGCAGACAUAAAUGCAGAUGCGAAACUCGCACUGGUUUUCUAUAAUCAGUUGUUUCCUUCGCACUUUUUUCCUCAAUUAAAGGUACAAGGAUGGCGAGUCGCUUUGCAAUGGUACGCGAUUCCGUGUGGAACACGAACGAGGAAUCGCCACCCUUGGCCUAUUGCACACCAUUCCAGAGGACAGUGGAUCCUACUGGUGCCAAAUCAGCAAUGCCUCGGGCAGUAUCGAGAGCGAUCACCUGCAGUUGAGCUGUACUCCGAGCGCAGCGAUCAUAACUCAAAGCAACCUCCUCGAGGGUUCUGAAGGUUUCAAACUCAUCCAGGCUAUUGAGGCUGCCGCAAGAGAGAAGUGCGUUUCUUUUUCUGCUGGCUGUCACCUACCAGAGGACAAUUGUGAUUGAUUUAUGUUUGUCAGCGAAUAGAUGGAAUGACCACAUUCCCUCGGAUGCGGGUUACAGGCUCACCCAGCGCCCCUGCGCGGUGGCGUUGCUGUAAUGCGAGCAGUGACUAUGUUAGGAGAACGUUCUACUCAAUAAUUGUUAGUAGGCGUAUAAAUGUGCUAAAGAAAGGGGGUCGUGGCAGUACCUCACGACCUGCGCACACACUGACAUCGGACCCUACCCAACUUCUUAUAUCGGUUCGUUCAUUGCCACAUUUCCACUUCAGUUCGGACACAAGCAUGCGAUAUUCUGAGGACGUGCCUGAAGACGCCCCACCUGCCAUUGAUGUGCCUCCACAGACGGCGGAAGUCAUCGUUGGAGCACCGGCGCGCUUCUUGGUGAAGAUGAGCGGCCAUCCUGUUCCCGAGAUUUCCUGGCUUCUUGAUGGUGAACCUGUUCAACAGGUAUGCGUCCUACUAAGGGAUUUUUGAAAGGUUUUCGGACACAACGUAGGCUAAUCGAAAAUAUGGAAUAGGCGCUGUUUUUGAAUUUUUUUCUGCCUCAACGAAAUAAACCUGUUACCUUUGCUAGAUCCCCACUCUAGCAAACUCCCCGACCUUAAUUAAUUCCUUAAUAAGAUUUGAUGAUUUAACGCUUUAUGUAAUUUUAUUAAAUAGCUAUAUGUCGCACAUGGCCGUCAAAAGGUUGAUGAGGGGCAUGUUCAGCCAAAUUAUAUAAGCAGCUUUGGAAGUAUAAACAGUCUGACGGAUAAUCGUAUAUUGGCGUGCAACCAAUAGUCGACGGAGGCUUAGCGAAAUUGAAAAAGAUAAUAUUGUCGUCUGGAGUAUAGGGUACCAUACUCAGGCCGAGCUCAGGAGACAGAGACACUGGCCAGCGGCCAACAACUCCCAUCCUCGCUAACCUGAGCCCGAUUUUCUGUAUCUGUUACAACGUGGAAAGUUUGAAUAAUAGGUAUAUGUGCAUUCCAGCGGUAGACUACCUAAAAUGUAUUGCAUUACUCCUCUCUGACUUUCAUCCUUUGACGUCGUACUUAGUUUCCUUUAACGAAGUUAAUUGAUUUAAAAAUGGCUGAAAUUCACUUGAUGCAGAAAGACGAUUCAAAGUUGACCGAGUAUGUUCCUUUCAGUAAGACCAACGUCCAAAAUGAUUACAUCCUUACCCCUUUUGUAGUUUUAUUUCAACUAACCCUGUCUGAUUCCAUAAAUUUAAUUGUACAACGGUUUCCCACUUAUGCUCCGUAGGAUUCCCUGACCAAGGUAUACAGUGACGGUGGCAUCAGCAUCUUGGAGUUCAACAAAUGUUCAUUCGACCUCGGCUCACAUACCAUUCACGUAAAGGCUCAUAAUGGACUGGGCAACACAGAGGCGCAGACAGAACUGAUUGUCCAUCCGCCCGACUACAAGGUGCCUGAUCUAAAACACGUCGCCCCAGGUACGUCG